AGCCUCAUCAGCUGUUUGCGGGAUGCCCGGAGCGGGCGUAUUUUGGAAACAAUACCGCGCGGUGCGCCGUGGCCUCCUCCCGCGCCAGCUUGCUCCCGCAGUAGCCGCUGCCCCAGCCCGCGCCACUGCCUCCCACCGUAGCCCGCUGGAGUUUGCCCCCUCCUUCCCAAUCGAGUGUGGGCGCCAAGCCCCCCGAGUGUUCGUCACCCUGGACCCUGGUGCAGAGCCCUGGCAUCACGACUCGGAGGCUGAGACUCUGUCCUGGAGUCAUCCAGGAGAGAUGGAGCCACCUCAAUGUGUGGAGGAGCUGGAAGAUGACGUCUUCCAGCCGGAGGAUGGGGAGCCAGGGACACAGCCUGGGAGCUUGCUCUCCGCUGACCUGUUUGCCCAGAGCCAAUUGGAUUGCCCCCUCAGCCGUCUUCAGCUCUUCCCUCUCACCCACUGCUGUGGUCCUGGGCUCCGGCCCAUAAGCCAAGAAGACAAGGCCACUCAGACCCUCAGCCCAGCUUCCCCAAGCCAGGGUGUUAUGCUGCCUUGUGGGGUGACAGAGGAACCCCAAAGACUCUUUUACGGCAAUGCCGGCUACAGGCUUCCUCUCCCUGCCAGUUUCCCUGCAGGCUCCCCCCUUGGGGAGCAGCCCCCUGAAGGACAGUGGCAACAUCGAGCGGAGCUACAGAUCGCCAGAAAGCUUCAGUGCAUUGCAGACCAGUUCCAUCGGCUUCAUAUGCAACAACACCAGCAGAACCGAGACCGUGCUUGGUGGCAGGUCUUCCUCUUCCUGCAAAACCUGGCCUUGAACAGAGAAGAAAACAGGGAAGGGGUGGGUCCCUGGUGAGGCUGGGCUGCCCUUGCUGGAUGGAGCAACAGGAAUUCAGUCUAGAACUGGACAGACAUCUGGGAGGACAGAUACUGUCUUGUCCAGUUUUACUACUUUUCAUUUUCUUUCUGUGUGUACAUAUAACAUGCCUCAGUGGGAU